AUGCAAGGAGGAAAUGCCGACAGGAAAAACAGAGUGGACGCCUACAUUCAGAGGAUAAAAUUUUCGGAAAUAACUGGACACGGCGAAACGGACAAGCGAAUUGAGUACCUGUGGAACUUAGCCCUGUCCACUGUGUAUGAAAAUGCCAAACUGUCUAUGAAAUAUAUCACCCUAAUUAAAAAAAUUACAAAAAACAAUAUACUCUUUGAUGAUGUCUGCUGCCACUAUUGCAACUUAAUAUAUAUCCCCUUUUACAACUGUGAAAUUAAUCACAUUGCUCAAAAGAAUGCCAUCCGAUACAGGUGCCUUCUGUGUAAGCAUAAAAAACAUCGAACGUUAAGGAUCUGUAAAAAUCAAGUAAAAAAUGCCCCCCUUGAAAAUUCCGAUGGACAGAAUGUCCGAAGGAAUCCGCCCAACUGGGACCUUUUUAUCAUCAAUGAGAUAGAUAAGUAUGGCAUAAAAAAGGAAACACCCGGGGACCAAACGGGGGAUGUUAAAUCGGAGGAUAACUUUAAAGGAAAUAUCCCUUUGGGAGAAGUCAAGGAGGAAGAGGACUUCCCAGGGGAUAACCCCGUGGAGGAUCCCCCCCCUUUGGAUAACAAUCCUACGGACGAACCACUAAAUCAAGCCAUUCCCUUGCACAGUGUGAAAGACCUCUUCACCAUUGACUACGGCACCAGCAGCUGCACGGUUAAGAGGGAGAUUCUCCCCCCGAUCACCCAACACAAUAAUUGCGGAAAAAAUAACAACUUGAAAAACCUUAACAGUUCAGGCAAAAAUAGCAACGUUCAAAAAAAAAGGAAACAUGAUGGGAGUAUCCAAUUGGAGGAGAAGUCAGACACGGUAAAUGGGGCGACCAAAGUAAAUAACCUGAGCAAUGCCCAAGAAAGGGCUGUGCAAAAGAGGCCCCCCAACGCUAACAACGUGAACAGCACAAAGAGGGCAAAUGUGACAAACCUAGGAAAAAACAUUCCCAACCUUGGCACAACUGAUAACUACUUAAAUUUUAACAAAUCCAAGAAGAAGAAAAAGAACAUAUUGGAUAUCCUGUAA